GGGCUGUCAGCUCCAGAGGACAUCAGCCCCGAUUUUUUAUUGUUCUGUGUGCCUCGCAUAGAGCACAGAUUGCUUAAGAGAAUGGCACUCCGUGGAGUUUGACCCGGGAGCCCUGAUAGUGAAAAUAAUGCACUUCUCACCAGAGCCACGGGAGACCAAAAGAGUAACUUCGGUCAAUUAGUUUAACUUUGACUAUAAAUAUUCCUUCUCAUCCCUUGUGACCCUGUUAACAGCUCCGCUGGCAAACCCCGAUUCUCUGGCAAUAUUUAAGCUGCCUGUCAGUUGGCAGAGCCCUGCUGGUGCCCGGCGCGGGGAGCAGAAUAAGACCCGGCUGAGCGCAGUGUGUGCAGCAGGCCAGGCUGUGCCCAGCAGCCAUGGAGCCCAGCAGCGUGCCCCCAGCCUCGGUGACCCCCUCGUGGGAUGUGUUCCCCCAGCAGACCCUGGAGCCCGUGGACAUCGCUGUGCUCGUGCUCUAUUUCCUCUUCGUGCUGGCCGUGGGGCUCUGGUCCAUGUGGAAGACGCAGCGCAGCACCGUCAAGGGCUAUUUCCUCGCCGGGGGACAGAUGGUCUGGUGGCCUGUGGGUGCAUCCCUGUUUGCCAGCAACGUGGGCAGCGGGCACUUCAUCGGCCUGGCGGGCUCGGGAGCUGCCUCGGGCAUUGCAGCCACAGCCUACGAGUGGAACGUGGACAUGUACGCCGGGGCCCUGUUCAUCCAGCAGGCCCUGCACUGGGACCUGUACAUCGCCGUGGCCGGGCUGCUGGCCAUCACUGCUGUGUACACCGUGUCUGGUGGCCUGGCAGCUGUGAUCUACACGGAUGCCCUGCAGACCCUCAUCAUGCUCAUCGGGGCCGUGUCCCUCAUGGUCUUCAGUUUCAUUGAAGUCGGUGGCCUGGAAGGUUUGCAGGCAAAGUACUUUGGUGCCAUCCCCAGCAUCCGGCAGGAGAACAGCAGCUGUGGGCUGCCCAGGGCAGACGCUUUCCACAUCUUCAGAGACCCCGUCAGCUCGGACCUGCCCUGGCCAGGGGUCCUGGUGGGAAUGACCAUCCCCUCCCUGUGGUACUGGUGCACAGACCAGGUCAUUGUUCAGAGGUCCCUCGCUGCCAAAAACCUCUCCCACGCCAAAGGAGGCUCCUUGAUGACCUCCUACUUGAAGAUUUUGCCCCUCUUUAUGAUGGUAAUGCCAGGCAUGAUCAGCCGGGUUCUGUUCCCAGACCUGGUGGCUUGUGCAGACCCAGAAAUUUGCCAAAAAAUCUGCGGCAACCCCUCUGGCUGUUCUGACAUUGCUUAUCCCAAGCUGGUGCUGGAGCUGCUGCCUGUGGGGCUCAGGGGCCUGAUGAUGUCCGUGAUGAUUGCAGCCCUCAUGUCCUCCCUGACCUCCAUCUUCAACAGCUCCAGCACCAUCUUCACCAUGGACCUCUGGAAGCACCUCCGGCCCCGCUGCUCCGAGUGGGAGCUGAUGGUCGUGGGCAGGGUGUUUGUGCUGCUGCUGACCGUGGUGUCCAUCCUGUGGAUCCCCCUGGUGCAGGCUGGCCAGGGGGGGCAGCUCUUCAUCUACAUCCAGUCCAUCAGCUCCUACCUGCAGCCGCCCGUGGCCGUGGUCUUCAUCCUGGGCUGCUUCUGGAGGAGAGCCAACGAGAAGGGCGCGUUCUGGGGGCUGCUGCUGGGGCUGCUGCUGGGUGGGGUGCGCCUGGUGCUGGAUUUCAUCUACCCCGAGCCGCAGUGCGGGCAGCCCGACACCCGGCCCGGCGUGGUCAGGCACAUGCACUACCUCUACUUCUCCAUGGUGCUGGGGGCCGUCACCAGCCUCACCGUGCUCCUGGUCAGCCUGGCCACCGAGCCCCCAGCCCCCGAACAGAUCAGCCGGCUGACCUGGUUCACCCGCGGGGAUGCCCCGGCCGCGCAGGAGGCAGCAGCAGCAGCCGGGCCUGGCCCCACCAAGGAGCAGCUGGAGCUGAGCCCCACUCCUGAGAGCGGCCCCGACUCCAGCAAAGGUGCAGCCGAGGCCAAGGGCAGCUCCAAGCUGCUGAGCACCGUGCUGUGGCUCUGUGGCAUGGAGCGCAGGCAGGAGGGGGCUGAGCCCCUGCCCAGGCCUGAGCCCCUGCCCGUGGUGUCCCUGGAGGAGGAGCCCCUGGUGAAGCACAUCCUGAACAUCAACCUGCUGCUCUGUGUGUGUGCUGGGGUCUUCCUCUGGGCCUACUUUGCAUAGCCGGGGGAUGCCAGGCACACACACCAUCUAAUCCUAACUGGUGUAAAUAUUAAUGAUUAGUGGAGGGUUAAUGUAAUUCUUAAUGCUUUCUAAAUUUUAUUUCUUUAUUUAAGAUAUUUUAAAGACAUAAUAUUUUCCUUAUUUCUAAUGGGGGCCUGGCUGUGCCUGGGCAGAGCGCUUGGCACUGGCACUGCCAGACCCCACCUGGCACCAACCAGCUGAGGAAGGUUGGUUUGGUUAUUUUAAAUAUUUAAUUUUGCUCUUUGGCCUUAGAGCACUGCCUGGAAUUCAGGAAGCCUGGAAUCUCUUCCUAUUUAUGCCUUGAUAACCAGCUACGACCCCUUGGGUCCUCCUCUGGUUCAGCUCCUCUGGCCUUGGGGGACAGCAGUGACACCUCGAGUGCCCAGAGCAGAGCCCAGGGCUGUUCUCUGUGCUCUGCUGUGCCUCUGGCUCAGCUGUGCCCGUUCAGCUCCUUCCCUGUGUGCAGUGAGUGCUCAUGGACCUGUCUGGGAGCUCUGGCUGAGGUACCACCACUGACACUCCAAUGGCAGCACCAGCACCAGCAUGGAAACCGCCCCACAACUGCUGCUGGGGGCACCUGAAGGACCUACACCAGCCAAACCCACCAGGUGUGCCAGGGCAGGGGUGCCCAGGGCCAGCCCCUCAUGGCCUGGGCACCCAGAGCCUUUCAGGGAGUGCCUCAGUGGAGAUCCCUGGGCUGGGCACCAUCCCUGGCCCUGGGCACCAUCCCUGGCCCUGGGCCUUGUGCAGCUGCAGAGAAACAUUAAAGAGUGAGAUUUUUGGUCCC